AGAGGGCGCGAUACGACAAAACGACACUCGCGUCUGUAAAUUUGUUACAAUCAUUACGGCGAUCGCCGAGUGCUUGGCACGUGAAGAUAAACAUGGGCAGCAAAAAGCACAAGAAGCACCAUAAAUCUGAAAAGAAAGAAGCCAAAGACGAAGAUCGCCAGGAGAAAUCUCUGAAACUAGUUCUCAAGGUCGGUGGGAGCACGGGUGGGCUGCAGACACCUGUGCCGUCACCAUCCGCGGUAGCCUCUCCACACAGUGUGCCGCCAAGCCAGCAACAGCUAGAACCUAUGGCUGCAACAGCUGCACCAGCAGCAUUUCGUGUGGAGGCCCCCGGCAUGGUUUGUCAUGCUCAUGAAGGCAGCAGCAGCAGCAAGCACAAGAAAUCGAAGAAGAAGAAAAAGAAGAAGUCCAGCAGCAAAGAACACAGGGAAAAGAGGCACAGGCACCACCAUCACCACCACCAUCGCCAUCAUCACCACCACCAUAAGGACCCUGAAAAGAAGGAGAAGCGGAAGUGUGAACAUGAAUGUUCCUUGGGCAGUGAAGAGCAUCCGCCAGUGGCUAAUGCAGUGGAGCAACCGCCAGCCAAGCGCCCCCGUCAAGAGCUGGUGCCAGCACCACGUGAGCCUUCGCCUCCACCUGCUGAACGUCCAAUAAGAGACCCUCGCACGUGUACGUUAAAGAAGUCUGAUAAGAGUCCCCUGCAGAUGCUGCUCUACUAUCUUCUGAAAAACCUUCAAAAGAGAGACCCUCAAGAGUUUUUUGCUUGGCCUGUGAAUGACAUUAUUGCACCUGGCUACUCAACAAUCAUACACAAUCCUAUGGAUUUUAGUACGAUGAGAAAAAAGAUAGAUGACUGUGAAUAUACCUGUGUCAGUGAGUUCAGGGAAGACUUGAAGUUAAUGUGUGAUAAUGCAAUGACCUACAACCGACCUGACACUGUGUACUUCAAGUCUGCGAAGCGUAUGUGGUACUCUGGAAACAAGCUCCUUUCCAAGGAUCAGCUAUUGGCAUUGGAGGGCUCCCUUCCAUUCUUUGCUGACCUGACAUCUGAAGAGCUAGGGUUUGAUGUCAAUGGAACUUCAGCUGCCCCUGAUGUCAAGCCACCCACCGACGUUGCCGAUACUCCGGUACCUGUAGAGGCCACACCAUUGGGAAGUCCAGAAUUUGCCAAAAAGAGCAAAAGUGGAUCAAGUGAAGAGGCAGCAUCAGAGGACCAGGUGGCAAAUGAAAUUUUACUUCAAGCUCAAAAAGCAGCGCGAGCUGCAGCUGACAAGUUGACCUUGAAGAAAGUGAAUAGCAAGUUUGGCUUUUUACGUCAGAUAGAAGAUGGAAGCACCACAUUAUCAAUAUUAAACCCAGACUGUGGAAGUACGAAUGGAUCAAAAGAAAUGAAGGUCAACUUAGAAAUGCUAGUUGGAAAGCUUGCACAUGGAACUGGAACCCUCAUGGAUUUCAAGGAUGAGAUCAAAAACAUUGCUCGACCAAUCAAUUACCUCAACUAUGGAACGUACAGCACAUAUGCACCUCACUAUGAUUCUUCAUUCGCAAAUCUCUCAAAGGAAGAGUCUGACCUUGUGUAUUCAACAUAUGGUGAUGAACUUGGGGUCCAGUAUGCUGAGAGUCUUCUCAGCUUUGCCAAGGAUUGUGAUUAUGUCAUGGACAUGGUUGACAACCUUCUGGACGUAAUGACAUCUGGAGAGCACUCAAAGACUGUGAAACUUCUGGAAGCUCAUCGUAAUGGCAUAGUCCCAGAGGAAAGCCUUGUGUCCUUGACAAAUCACUCUGAAGUUGAGGAAAUGGAAGUGGAAACACCAGAGCUGAAGCAUGGCGACAGCAGGCCAUCUGACUCCUAUGCUCUUAACGAUCUCACUGCUGAUUCAACAGUACUGGACAGCAACCACGCAAGCCAAGCACCAAUUCACCAAAAUUUUGCUGAACGGGACCUUACGCAAGGGGAUGCUUAUGAAGCCAAUGAAUAUCAUGAUCACUAUGAGCAUCACGAUCAUCAUGAGCACCACGAUCGUCACGACCACCUGCAUCAUACAGUUUCAGAAUCAUCGUCGCUAGAUAGUGCUGACAGUGAUAUCAAUGCUGUGCUGCAACAAAAGCUGCAAGAGUCGAAGGAAAUGAUUGAUGCCCUGUCCCGUCUGCAACAAGAGCGGCUGAGUGCCACGCCACCAGCACACCUGAGCCGUAUACAGGGUGCCAGUGAACUGGAACUUGAGCUGGCUGAGAAGAUUGCAAAGACACUUUCUGAGCUGGCUUCUCACGCGAAGCCAGGCAGCAUAGUGAGUGUGGAGGCAAUCCGCAAGGCCAUGGGCAUCAACUACCCUCCCACAACAGCGCCCUGUCAUCACCACCAUUCAUGCCCACAUGUGGCAUCACCUUACAAUGUUUCAUCACAUGAUCUCCCCGACAGCAGUAGCAGCAAUGAUGUCUCCUUACGCACUAAUGACUCUCCAUCUUCCAAUACCUGACUCGCGUCUCAUUCUAAAACCUAUAUACAAAGGUAUGUAGGUUUUUGCUGAGGUGCUUUGCUAAGCCAAUGGGUCAGCAAGGACUGGAGAGUACAUUGGGCAUAUGAGACAUUUUGUUGUUCACUGGUAUUGGAUUUUUUUUUUUUAACACUGUGCGCAUUAGUCUGCAGUGGGGCUGACCGAUAGCAGGCUUGUGUUUUUGCCAGCGCUGUAUGUAAUUGAGCUGGUUAGGAACAACAGGAUGUUCAUGGCAAAAGAAAGAAAACCCACAAAAUGUGGCCAAAAAGAUGAGCAGUGUGGGCACCUACAAUUUUAUGUUUGGGUCAGAAGACUAAUGACCACUGUUUAUUCCUCCAAACAGUACAUUUCUUUUUGCUUUCUAGAGAAGCUUUGUGAAUCUCUUCAAUUUCUUCUGUCUACUAGGAAACGUUCAGCCCACCUGAACAGCAUGCCCCACAUGGUCACGGUGAUCACGUCUCUGCGAAUACAGAGUAUGAAGAACAGAAGGUGUAUCCAUACAUUUUGCACUGCCUUACUCAUUCCGGUCGUCAGACACUAAGUGAAGGUACGACAAGAUUUCGCUAAUCAGUAUGUCUUUGAAAAAGGGUUCAUUUCAGAGGUUAGAGACUAGCUAGAAAGUAAAAUAUUAGUAGGUAUGUGCCCCUCCCCUGCCCAGUUCAUCUGUUCUUUCUUAGCGGAUAUUAAUAUAGCAACUCCUACAUAACCUUGAUGCAUUUCCAGCGCUUACGAGAAAUAGGAAAGACAUGCAGACACAGAAAGACAAAAUAACAGUAUGUAGGAAAAGGCCCAAUGUACUAGAGAGAGCAGUAUUUAAAGCGGUUUGCUGAGCUAGUUGAACUUUGAUGUUGAAUACUGAACUUUGAUGCAUUUCCAGCGCUUAAGAGAAAUAGGAAAAAUGACGCAUGUGUCUGUGUGUAUUUCCUAUUUCUCUUAAGCGUUGGGAAUGCUCAAAGUACAGUAUUCCAACUACCCCAGCUAACCGCUUUAAGUACAACUCCUACUUGGGGGGAGGGGGGAGUAAAACACUGCCCCUCUAUUCUUGCACUCACUCGGGUUGGCUGUGGCUGUUCAAUAUGCAGACAUCAAAACAUGAUGAUGCAAGUCAUAGUUGUAGUGGUUGUUCAUAACUCCAGUACAUGGAUGGGUUAUGUGUGUAUUGCCUGCUUCGAAAUUUUAUGUGAAGCUUUAUGCACAUGUGUAGGUGAGACUAUCAUGUUAUGAAGUUGAAUUAGAUUGGAUACUUGAGCUGGUGUUAAAGAAAGGACAGUUUGUGUAACACAAUGCUGUGUAUAUAUGCUGUAUAUACUUAUGUAUUAACAGUACAGGGUUUGUGCACUGAAGCUUCAGCAUAUUGUGGCACUGUGACCACUGGUCACUCUAUUGCCAGUUCACUAUGUUUAUUAUGCACAUGUUUCUUGUAUUGUACACCACUCGUCUGACAAUUGUUUGUGGUACAUCCAACGUCACUUUUCAUUGUAUGCACGUCAUGCAGCCCAUUCAUUGUGCCUAUCUUCAUGUUGCAAAAUGGGCCUGUAAGCACUUCUCAGUGAAAAUAAUUUUUUGUAUGAGCAAUCUUCAGGAGUACUUGAGAGCAUACUGUGUAAAUGCAAGAUGUAAUAAGGGAGAAAAGCCCAGAUGAGAAUAGUACUUGCAUGUACUUUGAAGCUGAUAAAAUGGCUUCUUGGAGCUGCUAUUGGUGAUACUUAUAUCAGUAUUGUUGUCAUUAAAAGCAGUUAGCCGGCAUAUUUUUUCUCCAGGGAAUUUUGCUCAGCUUAACUUGUCACUUUUCGUAACCUUCAUCUGACAAUUGCCAGCAAAAUUGCUGACGUACGAUUCAAGCUAGUUGAACAACCAUAAGCAGUGCAAAUGAAUAGGAGCAACCAGCACUGAAUAACAUUCAUUUCGCUUAUCUUUACUCAUUUUCUGACUUUUAUGUAACAGUGGCACCACAGUGGCACUUAGUAGACUUGUUUCAGUGCACAAACUCAAUACUGCAGUCGCCGACUGAUCUUUCGGGCCUGCUCAAUCGUUCGGGUGUUGCACUCCAUAACUGUCCAAAAACCCCAGGCUUAAAUGAUUUUCUCCACUCCACACUGUGUCAACAGAAAGAAGUGCACUAAUUUUUCAGCAAUUUCUUCCAAAUCUGUGCAAUUUUCUGCCAUUUCUUUUAGUGCGAAUGUUAUCAUAGUGCGACCAAUUCGAGACUUUCUUUUGUGCACAGACGCAGCUAGCGAAACUCGUGCGAGAAGUGCAAAGCCAUUUCCUAGCUUUUAAAUUCAGUUACAGAAAACUGGUCAGUGGCUUUUGGUUUUCGGUUUACACCUUUAAAGAGACAUUGAAACAACUGUUCUGGUGUGAUGGAAGUUGUUUGUUGCAGGGCUUAAUGGUUUAUGCCCAAGUGUUUAUAAAAGCAUCAUUUGCAGUGAGUUUAAUAUAAAACCUUAAUUGAUUGAAUUGGCCCACAUUUUGUAGCACUGUUCAUUGUGUCACUGUGCACACUGACACACCUGUGCUUUGUCCAGCUUUAAAAAAAAUAUUUGUGCUCUUAAUUUGUGCACAGCAGCGACAUAUUUUCAUUGAUUAGGUUUUUCUAUCUACCACAUUCGUCUCGACCUCUGCUUUUUUUUUUUUUAGCUUAUUGUUUCCAUUAUGAUGCUGUUUUCAACAAGUCCAGAGGUACUAGUGUUGGUUGUUGGCAUUGUAUAUGAAAAUAGUUCAGUUUGUUUUAUGUAGCCCAUUUUCUGUUCAAGUUGUUUGCCUUGCAUGUUCAUUAGGGCUUAUAUGGUAACAAUCACUUAUUAAAACUCUUCUGACUUUUUCAAGGCGCUGUAAAACAGCAUUGUGUUGGGCACAUCGGUAAACAUAUUUCUAGAGGAUUUUAGCACAGGCAGACAGGCCAAGAGGAAGGCGUAAGCAACAUGGUGCCUUUAAUGCAUAGACACUUUAGCGUACUGUGGUGUCAAUGUCUUCCUCUCGUCCCCGUAUACUUGCACUAAGAUGCUUCCUACAUUGUAGAGGCACUUUUAUGUCACUAUGAGGUCGAACGUGGGUCACAUGUGAGUUUACAAACCAAAGAGCCUCUGAUUGUUGCAAGCUUUGUGACUGCAUUUCCUAAAUGCUUCAAGAUAUUUCAAGCCCCCACUUUUUGUGCCUUGUUACAACAUGCAGAAAAUUUAUAGCAGGCCCAUGCAAACUGUUAGCUGCUAACUUCAAGGUCCUAGUUUAGAGUUGGUCUGUUGUGUCACUGCAGCAAAUGAUAAAUUUUUGCUUUUAAUUGGAAUAGUUUGCUUUGUAAAGGGCAGUUUCGUGCAUGUUGAAAUGUGAAAGACUAAUGUGCGGGUCAGUCAGCAUGGUGCCGUAGUCACAGGCCACAUUUCAUAUUGCGAGUGUUUUUCCAUAGGCUGACUGUAUUGGUCACUAAAAAAGGUAGUGAAGAAAAAAAGGUUUAAGAGAACACUCUGCUUGUAGAUAGCCAACAAUAAGGAACUAUGGUUAUUCCCCGUCCUUAAUUAGACCAGAUUUAUAUUUUCGAGUGCAGUGUGAUGAAGGAAAAAAUCGGCAAUGUAGCUUUUGGUGACGUGGUCAUAAUGUGGCAUGUGUCAACUGCAUGGGGCUGACUGGUGCAUGUGUCAGACACACUAAAGUAUCACGUGACCCCCACCACCGAUUUUUCAUGAUGUAUCACAAGUUCCACUCAAAACACCGUACGACAUGCAGCCAAGUUCCACUUGGCAUGUAUCUUGAGUUGGUGCAAGUUAGCAGUUGUUAGCAAAAGAAGCAAAAUACAAUGCCCCUGUGCAAGUACUCUUUAAUCUUCUCACCUUUUCCGUCUUGCCUGUGAGAAUAAUUUGCAAGUAUGUUUACAAACAUAAUAUCCAAUGAUGCUGAGAGCAAGAUGUCACGGAAAAUUAUGAUCGCAAGAAUGUACCGACCCUCACUUUCGAUGUUCCCUGUAAUUUGGUUAAUUAUGGGCCCCAGCAUUUUAUCGGACACAUUUUUAAGGAACUCUUCAGUAGCUGCACCUGCCCUCAUCAUCUGCUAAGUUUGAACCAGCCACCUCUUUUCACUUGCUUGUGUAUACUUAACUGGAUGUAUGGACACAUAAACGUGUGGAUGACAUCUCAACAGCUGACAGUGUCAGAGGGUAUGGGAAGUGUUGCACAGGUGUUGUGAAAAGUGCCAUUUGUCAAAACUGGCAUCAUAAAGUUGCGAAAACCGUAUUAGCGGGUUACAGAUGCAACUUAACUGCUCAGUAGCAUAUGCGGUAUUUUGCUUGAAGAAAUAGUUAUUGGUCUGCUACAUUGUGUACAGGAUAAGAGCCGUUUGACAGUGGCAUAUUAGGGUCAGUUGUACCUAUGGGUGCAUAUGCCUCGAUGAAAUGAGGGAAGAGGCCCUAUGCAAAAUUUGCCAUCUAUCAGCAGCCUUGUUCAAGUCUGCCAUGUUGAAUGGGAGCUGACACUGUAGUGAGCUGCAGGAGCACAUCUUGCAUGUCAACCCAGCUCUUAAAUCUAAGCCACUGUGCCAUGUUUUGAAGUGUAUUUAUGGAAUGAUAUGUGACCGAAAAGAAGCAAGGAGUCCAUCAGAUCAAUUAUUCAUCACUUAUAACCACAAAAAGUUUAAAAUGUGUUACGUCCAGUCUUUAUUUGAAUGGUAUGGUUGCCUUAAUGGGCCCAUCACAAUGUUUGGACACAGGAAGCAGAAAAAUGCAGUGUGUAGAUCAUAUGACAAUUGCAUCUGCAAUGUAUUUCAGUGUUAGCGCACCAUGAGAACACCUAAAAAUUCAAGCAGAAGCCUUCUUGUCGUUGAAGGUGCCGCUAAGUCGUUUGCAUGUCGCCUGCAGUAGACAAGCAGCCAGUAGCAUUGCAAACUCUGGGAUUUCUGCGAAAUGCAUGGCAUGCAAGGCUACUCCUGAAAAUGAUCUUUGCAGCAAAAGAAGGGGACACAGUGAAUUAAUGGUCACCGUUAUUGUGUGGGCCUUUGGAUCAAACAUGACUUUUUUUUUAUAAUUCAUAAAUAUAUUUACAAGUGAAAAUGAAGGCACUUGGUGCUAGUGAAGAAGCAACAAUUUUAUAAGUUGGAAUUCAGUACAUUAAGGAGAAACAGUUCUGAUUCACAAAGUUCUGUCAGACUUUUUUUUUUUUUGUAAAUUUUGCCUAAUCGAUUGGUUACAAAAGAAAGUGGAGGCUGAAAUUUUUUUUUACUUCUUUUUUUACUGGUGAGAGCGUUGUGACAAUAUAACUGCUGUACAAGUAAUAGUUACUGAAAUUAAUAUCAUUAACUGGAAACCAAGAAAGUUUCAUUUUCUGUAGUAAAAUAUAUAUAUAUUGUGCUUAUGUCGAUUGUAUUAAGUAUUUAGCAGUUUAAAAAUAGUAAGUUCGAAUUUAUUAAUUUACUUCAGCUUAUCACAUUCUAUUAAUUUAUUUACAGAUAUUGCUGUCUCAGAAAGGAGACGUAGCAGGAGGGGGGG